AUGGCGGCCGAUGAGAACCUCGAGCUCGCUCUGCAGAUCCUCCAAGAGGAUCUUGAGGAGCUUGAGACUCGACAGAAGGGAAAACAACGAGCCGGACAACCAACCGACCUGGAGCUCGCAAUCACCACCAUGAGAGAGGAUAUCCUCGCGCUCCAAACAUGCAUCCAGGAUCGUGCCAUGGCUGUUAGCACGAGCGCUGCAAUCGUCUCCGAUCAACAUCUCCUGCAGUCUCUUCGGCAGGAAGAGGCGGUCGCUGAGCGUGAUCAUGGGUAUGCGAACGCGCUGCAGAAUGAUCAACCCCAUACUUUGAUGAUUUCAAACGCCAACUCGGCACACGAAGGCGAUUUUGACGACUCGAUAUCCACCGUCAUGGAAGAUCUAAUAGACAAACUGGCCCUGACCAACAAGCCGGAUAACGGCGAGGGUUCCUCCCGCUUGGUAUCGCCCUCACAUGCCCGAAUCCCCUGUGUGUCUUGCCUGGAGUUUUUCGACAGAGCUGAGCUCUUCAUGAAUCCCUGCGGAGAGUGCCUCUGUCACGAUUGCACACGCGAACUAUUCCUCGGCUCUAUCAGAGACGAAGAACUGUAUCCACCACGCUGCUGCGGUCGAAUCAUUACCCCCGAGACCGCCCUCCUAGUACUAGACUAUCGCGAGCUGUACCAGUUCAGCCAAAGGGCCAUUGAGUACUCAGCCAAGGAUCGAGUGUACUGUGCGGAGCCGACUUGUUCCAAAUUCAUCCCCCCUGGCGCCAUCGUGGCUGACUACGGCACUUGUCUGGGAUGCCAUCGACGUACGCAUCUUCCUUGCCGUUCGCUGGAACAUCCCUCAGUCGACUGCCCGAUGGACCAGUCCCUUCAGGAUGUUCUUGCGCUGGCUGAGACCGAGGACUGGAGACGAUGCUCGAACUGUCGGGCCAUGGUCGAGCUCAAGCAUGGCUGUAAUCACAUUACAUGUGCGGUCACGAUUUCUGCUACGUUUGUGGUCAAGAAUGGAAAACAUGCGAGUGCCCACAAUGGCAAGAAAGAAGGUUGUAUGACAUUGCCCACGAGGCGGUUGCCAACGAGGUGGCGCCGAAUGCAAACGCUGUGGUUCGUCAAAAUGCGUUCAAUCGGAUAG